AUGAUCUUGAAUUGGAAUCAUGUUGAUAUUCAUCUCAUUCUACACGAAUCACGAUUCUAUUCGAUUGUAUUUUUGGUUUGUUUUAUUCCGGCUCUUUUCAUCAAAUGUGUUCAAAGAGGAGGAGCGACUCCAAAUGCAGCUGGAGAUAAAAAGAUAGCAACGACCACACAGUCAACUGGUCCAGUUCCAGAAACCGCAGCUAUAGCUCAGGAUAGUUUAAUGGCUAAACCAAUUUCUCCGGAUGACGGACAAAAAAGUAAACGAGGGAAAGGAGAAAUGAUGGAUUCGAUAAAAGUGAUUCGAGGAAGAAAGAUAUUCAGAAAGACAACACAAAAGAAAGAUAAGAAAGAGGAAACUGAUUCUCAGCAUACUCAAUUGAUCGAUGUUCCACUUGGAAAGGCUUCUGGGCACGUCUUCUGA